GCGCGGGGGCUCCUGCGCGGCCCCGCGGAAAAAACAUCGGCCACAAAUUUCCCAAACUGCGAUUAUUUACUCAAAUGUAACGGGGUCGAGCUGCGCAGAGGAAAAACGCAGAGGCUGGAGCCUUUUUUUUUUUUUUUUUUUUUUUUUCCUUGCAUCAUUUGGAAAUUCUCAUAACUAAUUCAGAUUUUUUUAUUUAUUUAAUUUUUUUUUUUUUUGAGGAAGCAGUUUUGUGCAGUCACCUCUGGUCGGGAGGGAGGACUCGGGAGCGCGCAUGAGCUCGCAUGAGCUGCAGCACGUUUGGAGGUAUGUCAAACCGAGCUUUUCUUUUUUUUCCUUCUCAUUUAGAAAUCUUAAAUUUUUUUUUUUAGAAAAAUUUUCAAGAUGUCAAGUUUCUGCCGCUCCGUGAUGUAGGAACGGGCCGGCGCGUCCAUGCCGCUCCCUCCACACCAGAAGCACAGCGGAGGUGAAACCAUGAGCGCACAGGAAGCUGCCGGGAAAGACGGCGGCGCGACGGCGGCCGACGCCCCCAAGCCCGUCAGCCCCAAACCCGUCACCGUCACCGUGAAGAAGGAGCCCGGCACCGCCGAGACGCACAACGGCAAGGUCGGGGACGCCAACCCCGCAGAGAUCUGCGUGGUGAUCGGAGGGAACGACGGAGGGAUCGACGGCGGCUCCGGCCUGGGCCGAGGCCGAGCGCAGACCGAGGGUAUGUUCGCCCUUGGUACCCCCCCUCCGACCAAGAGCACUGACUCGUGCAUAGGUUCGUACGUUUGCGCUGUUUGCGGGAAGAAAUACAAGUAUUACAACUGCUUCCAAACGCACGUCCGGGCGCACAGAGAAUCAGAAACCCUGGUGGGAGACGGUUUGCCCCCGACGCCCAACAGUAGCAGCUUCCGUUACUCCUGCGACAUCUGUGGCAAGAAGUAUAAGUACUACAGCUGCUUCCAGGAGCACCGUGACCUGCACGCCGUCGACGAUCCGUACGAGCAGGUGGUGCUGCCGGUGGACGGGCUGAAGGAGGAGGAACCAGUCGAACCGUACCAGAAGAUCGGACCAAAAACAGGGAGCUACGUGUGUGAGUUCUGUGGGAAACAGUACAAAUACUUCAACCCGUACCAGGAACACGUGGCUCUGCACACGCCGCUGGGCUCGUUUGACCUGAAGACGUCCCGCCUGCAGGACUCAGGACUCAUGGACAUGAGCAAGUACGGACACAACCACGCUGGGAAAAUAAAGAACAGUCCAUUCAGGCGGAAACUGGAGAAUGCGAUUCAGUCCAGUCUGGUCGACACAAACAGCUCCCAGAACUCCAGCGGAACCCCGAGCCCCCUGGUGGCCACAUCCUUCACUACACAGAAGCCCUACACUUGUGGUGCCUGUGGCAUCCAGUUCCAGUUCUACAACAACCUGCUGGAGCACAUGCAGUCGCACGCCGCCGAUAACGAGAACCACAGCAAGGGGGACUCUCCCAAAACCUCGUCGGCCUCCGGCCCCCAGGACCCGCCGUGGAGAGGCGGCCCGGCCCCGGCCCUCGCCCCGGCCCACGCCCCGGCCCACGGCCCGGCCCUCGCCCCGGUGAAGCUGCAGGUCCAGCCCCAGAGCAUCUCCCAGAGGAACCACACGCUCAGCCAGAACAACGGGCUGCCGGAGAAGGAGCGGCAGCAGGUGGCCGAGCGGCUGCUGAGGGUCAUGUGCUCCGACCUCAGCAUGCUCAACGUGCUCAACAGCAAGGACUUCCUGAAGCUGGCGCAGACGCUGGUGGACACGGGCGCGCGCCACGGCGCCUACUCCACGCGCGACGCGCUGGGCAACAUGAGCGCGCUGGCGCUGCGGCAGCUGCCGCGCAUGUACAACCAGGUGAAGGUCAAGGUCACCUGCGCGCUGGGCUCCAACGCCUCGCUGGGCAUCGCCGUCACCUGCCACUCGCAGACGUCCGGCCCGGGCGCCUGCUACGUCCUCACGGCCUACCAGGUGGAGGGCUCGCGACUCAAGCGCUACGUGCUGGGCGUGCGCGAGGCGGAGCUGCGCGAGGGCCCCGAGCAGGUGCACCACUGGGUGCAGAACGUGCUGUCGGAGUUCGUCAUGUCCGACAUCCGCACGGUGUACGUGUCGGAGCCGCGGGCCUGGGCCGCCGGGUUCGCGGGGUCCCCGCUGGGGGGCGGCGGCCGCGGGAGGAUAUGCCUGCGCUGCGCCGGCUGCUCGCUGGGCGCCGUGGUGCAGGCCGUGCUGGGGAAGCGCAGCCUGCAGGCGCGCGGGCUGCACGAGCUGGCCGAGCUGCUGUCCACCUGCCGGGACAUCGCCGCCUCCACCACGCUGGCGCUGCGCGACGAGCCGUGCUUCGGCAGCAUCUCCGGCGGCGCGGCGGUGGGGGAGGACGGCGCCGCCCAGGGCCCGCCGGCGCAGUGCCCCACGCCGCCCUGCUGGGACCGUACGGCUGAGGCGCUGCUGCAGGUGCACGCCCACUUCGAGCACGUCUGCGAGGCGUACGGCCGCAGCAAGGCGUCGGCGCCGCUGCUGCAGAGCCUCAACAAGCACCUGCUGGCCACGCUGGCCGGCCUGCUGGCGCCGCUGCGCCUGGCCGCGCUGGAGCUGAGCAGCCAGCGCCGGCCCACGCUGCAGUUGGUGCUGCCCGUCUACCUGCGCCUGGAGAAGUUCUUCACGGCCAAGGCGGGCGAGGCCGGGACCGGCACCGCCAGCAAGCUCUGCCACUACUUCCUGGAGGCGCUCAAGGAGAACUUCAAGGUGGAGAGGGCUCACCAGGUGGCCAUGGUGCUGGACCCGCAGCUGAAGCUGCGCUCCGUUCCGGCCUACCAGCACGACGACAUCGUCUCCCGCGCCUGCGAGAUGGCGGCCGAGGCCCGGGACGGAGGCCUGAGCGGCGCCGGAGGCUCCGGCGGCGAGGAGCGGGACGCCGACGGCCCGCCCACCCCCAAGAUCAGCCGCGUCGAGGGCAGUGGCGGCACCGGCGGCAACAAUGGCGGCGGCGGUCCGUCCCGGAGCUCGUGCUCCGAGGACAGCCAGGGCCAGAUCCGCCCGGAGAUCUUCCAGUACCUGGCGGAGCCGCUGCUGCAGGGAACCCCGGACCUGUUCCAGUACUGGAGCUCCACGGUGGGGGACAAGUUCCCCCGGCUGGCCCGCCUGGCGCUGUGGCUGCUGGCCGUGCCCGCCGUCGGCAUCCGCAGCGAGUGCGUGACGGUGUGCGAGCAGAGCCUGGCCAUGAAGAGGCGGCAGCAGGUCACGGCCGAGGAGAUGAACAAGCUCAUCUUCCUGCGCUCCAACAUGGGUUAACACGUCUCCUCGGACUCGGACCGGCAACCAAACAAACACACCUUCACCUCCGACCUCCAAACCCACGACUCAAGACUUAUUUAUCACAGUAGUUUUAGACCAACUGUAAACUUUAAUGUGUUAGGAUACCUGAGAUAUUUACAGAGAACUUCACGUCGUAGAGGCUGCAAGCGUCCGUCAACAAGCUUAUAAAUUAUUUGGAUUGUUUUGUAAAGUAUGUGAUCAAAUAUCGUGGGGGAGAGAAGGAAGUGCGGCUUCGGUACGAUGCAAACGGGAACAUCUGAGGCCACGUUUACACGUAGCCGGGUAUUUACAAAAUCUGAUAUUUCCCCAUCUACGUUUUGAAAAAUACCAUCAUUUACACGAACCAGCAUAAAUAUCUGUUAAGGUGCUAUGAGCAGCCAAACCCUGACUUUUUUCUUGACAUUUCGACUUUUUUCUCAAAAUUGCAACUUUUUUCUCGAGAUUCUGACUUUUUUCUCAAAAUUUCAUCUUUUUACUCAAAAUUUCUCAAAAACGGAUAUUCCCCCUCUACGUUUUGAAAAAUCCCAUCAUUUCCAGGAACCUGCAUAAAUAUCUGUUAAGGUGCUAUGAGCAGCCAAACCUACAGGGGGCAGUGUAACGAGAAGAUAAAGUCAUGCUAGCCAAUCAGAAUCCUGGAAAAAAACACCAACAAAUGACACGAGUAACUUCCAGUUACUUCCAAGAUGAACGAGAGUCUUUGGUGUGGAGUGAUAGAGAAGUGGAGUUACUUUUAAGUGUGACGUUAGAAUAUAAAAUGGGUAAAAUACAAGAAAAUAUUGACGGUUACAAACAAAUUGUAAACACAGGUGUCACUCAUGACGCUGCACUGCAAAAACUCAAAAUCUUACCAGGAAUAUUUGUCUUAUUUCUAGUUAAAAUGUCUCAUUUUUAGUCAAAAAAUCUCAUUACACUUAAAACAAGAGACAUCACCAGAUAAAUAACUUGUUAUUUGACAAUUUUCACCAGUUUCAAGUAAAUUUUCACUUUUUUUCCAGUGACGAGUUUUGUUUAAGUGUAAUGAGAUUUUUUGGACUAAAAAUGAAACAUUUUAACUACAAAUAGACAAAUAUUCUUGUUAAGAUUUUGAGUUUUUGCAGUGUGGUGACGUUUCUGUCUCAUAAUGUGACGUUCUAAAGCCUAAAUGUCCGUUUCCCUCCAUUUACAAGCAAACGUGAAGACGGGAGUUUUUGAAAAUCUCCACUUUGAGUUUUCAGAAAUGAUCGGUUUAGUGACUUUGAGCUUCGUUUCGGUGUAAACGAACGGCGAAAAACGCAUGAAAACACCACCGGUUUUUUUGCUACGUGUAAACGGGGCCUGAAUCAUUCAAACGUAAUAAUAAUAAUAAUAAUUAAACCGCCAGAAGGCAAUGAACUGUUAUUCUCUCGGAGGGAAGCGGCAGCAUCUUCAGGUAACGGAGACGACUGUCAUCACAAUCACGGGGUGAAUCUUCACUGCCAACCAGCUGAUUUCCUUCCAAAUCACUAAAGAAAUCAAUAAUCUCAACAUAGCGAGCCUCGGACGAUGGACGGACGACUGAUCACUAUCAUUAGUUGUAGGUAAUUUGACGGUUAGUGGCCUCAAAAUGUAGCUUUGGGUGAUUUGCAUGCACUACAUGCAAAUCUUGCACAAAAGAGUAGAAAUUAUGAAGUGGAAUGCGUUUAGCUUUUGUUUUUUAAUCUUUAGCGUUGCUUUAGAAGUUUUUUCACGUUAUUAUUAUUAUUAUUAUUAUUAUUAUUAUUAUUAUUAUUAUUUACUGGUUUUCUUCAGCCUUACUGUACUUAUUAAAGGGGGAACAUUAAAACAACAAGUCCCUGUAUUAAAUUUCACCAAACGAGCCCGCGAUCUGAAACAUUUCAAAUAUUUUAAAUCAAAUAAGCUAGUGCUGGGCGGUAUACCGGUGUCUAUUUUCUUAUGAUAUGAAUUUUUCAUAUACCGUAUAUACCGGUGAGUAUGUACAGUAGCGUACACAACGCUGGGAACGUAGCGCCGCUGGACACUGUUUGUGAGGGGACUGUUUAGCAGCAGUGAUGCACCGAUUGUUCAGUAACCCAAAUUGUUCGGCCGAAAAUGGCAAAAAAACACUUUCGGUGUUCGGUGAAAUAAGUGGGGAAAAAACCGAACAAUUAAUAACGGCGUUGUAAUAAAAGGAAAUAGACUGGCCGCUCCCGUAACGGUUGCGCAUGUCAUUGAGUCACUACCCCAUUUGAGUCACACAUGCGCAGUCGCGUCCAACAACAGGGAAUGUUAUGCUAUAUAAGGGUAUUGAUGCAAAAAAUAUUUAUAUUAUUUUUAGCAAAAAAUAUUUAUAUUAUUUUUAGCAAGCAUAGCAUGAUAGCCAAAUUACCUUUCAAGAUGUAAUUACUCAUAGAACGAGUAAAACUGGGAUGAAACUUUCCAGAUUCCAUGUAGGCAUGGAGCUGAUGGAAAAAAUUAAAGUCGCUCAUUUUAAUCAAUAAUCGGGUAAUGACAACACUCUCUACUUCUCCACUGACUGACUGAUUUCCUGCUGAAAUGCACAUGUUGGACGCGACUGCGCAUGUGUGACUCAAAUCUGGUAAUGACAGCGCACCACAAAUAUAAAUUGUUGGCCAACCAAAAAGUAACCACAUAAGAAUUUUACCUAACAUUCACCAGGAGGUGGAACCAAAACCAAAAAAGUUUUUUAUGUUCAAUGAAUAUUUUCUACCUUGUAAUUUUGUAAAAGAUCAGUCAAACACUUAAAGUCUUUAAGUGUUGUCUGACUGAUUCUCUCACUUCAUUAGAAUCAUAAGUGUCGGCCAUGCAAACCUGUAUUUAUACUAGUGUGGACAUUCAUGUUUUUCUACAAUAUUUCCUCCUCAUGACAGUAAAAUAGUCCAUUCUAAGCCAAUUUACUGCAGCAAUUCCUUUCCAAAUCAUUAGAAAAUGUGGUUAACACUAGUGAUGCACCGAAAUGAAAAUUUGUGGCCGAAACCGAAAAUAAUAAUAAACACUUGGCCGAAUACCGAACAAUACCGAACAUGGUUCUUCGCAGUUUUUCAUUUAUUUUGCCAAUUUUUUCACCAUUGCAUAAAUCAAAUACAUUUGAUUUAGGCAUGCUUUUCAAAGAAAAAAAUCUUACAAAAUUACAAGGUAGAAAACAUUUGUUGAACAUAAAAAACUGAAAAUUUUUUUAAUUUCCCAGCAUUUCUUAAAUAUUCCAGCAGACAUUAUACCAGCAAAGAACAAUAACUUAAAAUAAAUAAAUUAGCAAAAUACAUUUUUUGGCCAUCUUUGAGCUUACGUUAGGCUUAACUGACUGAACAAUGUAACAUAGGCCUUAAAACAAUAAAAAUGCAUUAAAGCGCUCAGGGUUUUUUAUCGUUUCAAAUGAUAAAUCAAACUUGUAGCUGAAAGACUUUGCAGAUGUGCCCCCUCUAGAUAUUUGAGCAGAACAUUCAUUGCAAACAGCCAUUCUUGUAUUAUUCUUUGCCACUCUAAAAUACUUCCACACUGCUGACAUGUUUGCACCGCACCACUUCACUCCACGCUUUUCGCUGUUUGAUUUCGUCAUCUAAACGAACCUGUAAUAGAUUGAUUUAUGUUGUUUUGGGGAUGUUGGACCGUUUCCCCCUCCGUCUGGGGGCUCCGGUGGCGCCGGGGGUGCCCGUGGAGGUACGGUGGGGCCCUGGCCCGGCUCGGAGGGCCGGCCCCCGUCUACUGGAUGGCCGGUGGGGGAGCGUGGGCGUCUUACUAGGGCCGAUUUAUGUUGUUUUGGUUCCACCUGCUGGUGAAUGUUAGGUAAAAUUCUUAUGGGGUUACUUUUUGGUUGGCCAACGAUUUAUGUUUGUGGUGCAACUGUUACGGGAGCGGCCAGUCUAUUUCCUUAUAUUACAACGCCGUUAUUAAUUGUUCGGUUUUUUUCCCCACUUAUUCCACCGAACACCAAAAGUGUUUUUUUGCCAUUUUCGGCCGAACAAUUUCGGUUACCGAACAAUCGGGGCAUCACUAGUUAACACCCAGUUGUGCAUGAAAAAAAAAUAUACCGUGAUAUACCGUGAAACCGAUAUAAUUUUGAAAAAUACCGUGAUAUAAAUUAUUGGUCAUACCACCCAGCACUAAAAUAAGCAACAUUAUUAUCCCGGGAAACUUGUGGGUAAGACUGAUUUAUGACGACAUACAUCCUUCACGUGUGUGUAUUUAUUUUUAACGCCUAGAUUUGAGGAGGCUGGUCAUUUAUUUAUUGCUGUUUCCAGGUUUACCAUCCUACUAUCCUCAUAGUCUUCCUAAAAGCGAGCGACAGAUUUCCCUUUUUUAAGGCAAUAAGCUUUAUCACAGGAAGCGGUUUCCCGACACACACGCCCGACUGUUUCUCAUGACACUCCUGCAGUAAAUUCUGUUAGGUUUUUAGCGAAGUGGAGGGGGAUUUUCUCAGGAAUGAGCACAUCCAAGCAGGCACAGCCACUUUUCCUCACUGUAUACCGGACAGAAACCAACUGUGACCUCAGUGCCGAGGUACGGACCCAACCGUGAAUCCCUCCGCCCCAGAAACAAGAUACACUCAACUGCCGUUCAGCAAGUCAGAGGACGAAACGCGUUUAUUUUUUUACAGAGUCACAACCAGUCAGGGGCGUCAGUUGGGUCUAAGGUACGGCAGCCGCCACAGCUCGGCUUCAAGGGAAAAUGUAAAUGUUUGUUCUUUUAAAUACAUUUAUGGAAUUA